CGAGGGCGUAAUAGCUGGAUGAAACAGAUGCCAAUGUUAGUUCGCAGCACUAAAGGGGGGAAAAAAGCUUAAUUGCCGAGACUGGGGAACAAGGGGGGCAGACAGAUAAGACAAACUCGAUCAGAACACGCGCGUAUGUGGAGAAAGCUUGGCAGGCUUGCGCGUCAGGCCGACUUACAGAACCCUCUGACCGAGGCCAUACUGCCCCGACAAAGGCCACGAACAGAUGACCUGAAGGCAGGGCUCGCCAACAGAGGCGGCGCAGGAGGACGACGAGACGUCGUGGGCGGACGCGUCUCGGCCGGCGAUGACGUGCACCAGCGAGAACAGAGGAAAAGGUGCCAUCGAGCCCCGAGGUCCGGUCGUCAGUCGCUCUCUCUCUCCGGUGAGACAGACUAGUGGACUGCCGGCCGCCCUCGCUCAGCGGACUGGAUUGAUAUGGGUCGACGACGAAGGUUAGGAGGAGGUGGUGUCGAGGGCGAGAAUGUCCGCCGUGGAUGGUGGGAUAGUUUAGGCUGCGGGACGGCGGGACAAGGAACAUCAAUCAGAGUAAAUUCCGAGUCUUUUUUUCUCUCCUUCUCUCCCCCUCUCUCUCUCUCUCUUUCUCUCUCUGUGAGCAGAGUUCCAAAACAUGCGGUGAGAACGAGUUGCGGAUGUGGCACACCCUCUCGAGAUAAGGUGUGGGAGGCAGACGGAGGUUCUUCCCGUCAUGCCUCAUUUCUCUUCAGACACAAGGGCCUGACUGGGGGGGUUGGUCGCGUGAUGCUGAUAGGGAGGGAGGUGAGAUGCCUGUUGCCUGGGCGAACAUUGUUCCAUUUUUGCCUUGAAAAGGUCGCAUUUCGACAGAGCGUAGGCAAAUACGAGACUGAAAACAGGAAGGUGAGAUUGUUCCAUCAAGGCGGUUGGUUUCCCGACGCAUUCAGCAAACGGCGGCUGCCGCAAGCAGGACCUUGGUGUCGACGGGGGGGGGAGCAAGAGUCAGGAGAUGAAGAGAGAUACCAAGAGAGAUACCAAGAGAGAUACCUAGAGAGUGUCAGAGAAAGACAGAGAGAGACAGAGAGAGAGAGAGAGAGAAAGCGUGGCAGUCGACGUAAGCGGUUCCGGGCGUCAGAGAAAGGUGUGCUGACGUGUGUUUGGGGGGUUGGGUCGACGAGGCGAUGAAUGGGUGAUGUGCUUCUGUGAAGGAUUCGAUUCGCUGGACGGCGGCAACAAGCAAGAAACGUCGACGCAACGUUAAUCCCCAAAAUGCAAAAGCGGGCCGCAGGCCAAUCAGCGGGGGCCCGGCAACAAUCUACAGCGGACUUUGCUACACAUA